AUGCACGCGCUCUGGCAGCGAAGGGAGCCGCGCACGAACCUAGUCGGAGGGCUCAUAGACGUACACAGUGUACGCUGGCCCGUCUGCCUGCAGGGCGAAGGGAGCGGGGGUCUGUGGGGCCGGUGGCUUGCGGGCCAUGCCGGCAUCGGGGCAGGCAGCGAUUCAUUCUACGAGUACCUGCUCAAGUCAUACAUCCUUUUCGGCGAACCAUCCUACUUGCACAUGUACAACAAGUCGUACAAUGCCAUCAAGAGGUACAUGAAGCAGGGCGACUGGUAUCUCGACGUGCACAUGGCCACCGGCUCGGUCGCCGGCAGCGGAGUCGACAGUCUCCAGGCCUUCUUCCCCGGCGUGCAGGUCCGAUUCGAUUCUCAGCGCAGAGCAAACAUCACGGCGGUGGUGGUCGAAAUGCACUCCGCCUUCUAUUCCCUGUGGAAGCGCUACGGUUCGCUGCCCGAAAGCUUCAACAUCAAGCAAGGACAACCACCGCGCCAUCUGUACAGAGGGUACCCGCUCCGGCCCGAAUUCAUCGAGAGCACCCUCAUGCUCUACCAUGCCACGCGCGACCCGUUCUACCUUGAGGUCGGCGAGCAGAUCUUGACGGACCUGCAACGCACGAAAACCACCUGCGGGUACGCUGCCGUGGCAGAUGUGGAGACGGGCCGGCUGGAGGACCGCAUGGACUCCUACUUCCUAUCGGAGACCUGCAAGUACCUCUUCCUCCUGUUCGACGAGGAGAACGAAUUCAUUCGCGCGUCCGACAUCGUCUUCUCCACCGAGGCCCACAUCUUGCCGGUCUUCACCUCGUCGCCUUCGUGGUCCCGCCUCCACAAGCCCUCGGCUCUCGGCCCGCCCGCGAGCGGCCGACACCGUGGCCCGAGCCCCGCCGCCGCGGUCGAGGCUGUCAGCGCCACGUGCCCGCACACCGCCUGGGGAGCGAGCAACGGCCUUGUGGGCGGUCGUCAUCAGGCCAACCCCAAGGCCGUGCUGAGCGCCAUGUUUGCCGAGUACCGCCAAGCGGCCGAGGCCGAAGCCGAAGCCGAGGCGCAGCUGUCGCAAGUCGAGAGCGCGGACACCGGUGCCGACUUUGCGCUGAAGCUCAUCCAGGCGGUGACGCAGCAGAUCAACAACAACAACGGCGGCGGCCCGAAGGCGUCGACGAACCGAAGGAAGGUCAGCCCUAUUCCGCAGCCGCAGCUCACCGUUGACGACGUCUAUACGGUCACGCUGUGGGGCGACUUCUGUGAACGUCUACGCAGCAUCGGGCGGUACCAAGGGAACGUGAUCUUGAGUGUGGUCAACGUCGAGACCGAAGGGAAACCCACGGCCUACGAAGCCAACAUUGACGAAGUCGCGUCGGACUACAGUCAAUGGCUGGACGACGACAGCGAUGAGACCAACGACGAGAAACCUGACGCCGCUGACGCCAGUCAUGGUGACGCCGACGAUGGGCGCGAUGCCGCCGCCAACAGCAGUGCGGCUGAUGGCACCACUACCGUACCUGUGGAAGUGGCGGCCGUGCAGGCCCUCUUCGGUCCCUUCUUCUCUGCGUUCAUCGGGCAUACGUUUGAACUCAUCUACGUGCCCCACGAGCUCUGCCCGGGCCAAGGCUUCCACAUCGACGAGGGCGACUCGCUCGCGCGAGUGGUGCUCGUUCCUCGCGGCGGCUGCAAUUUUGUAGACAAGGCCAAAGAGCUUCACAAUUUCAACGUCGCCGGCAUGCUGGUGUACAACACCGUGCCCGACGAGCAGGCGUUGGAGAUGACGGCCACAGACAUGGAUGUCCCGCUGCCCUCGGCCAUGAUCAACUUCAGCGACGCGAUGCUGCUCAAGCGCGAGCUGGCGCGACGACCCGACGGCGUUCUUGUGAUGCGGGCGCUCCCCGCAGCAACAGCAGCGCUCCGGUGGUGGCUCCGGUGGUGGUGGUGUGUGGACAUGGCCGCACUGACCCGCCUGCUCGAGGACUACUUCAUGCAACAGAACAACUGCGAAGACGAGGAUUGCCUACGCUUCGUCAACCCCGUUUUGCCGAUCGUGAUCGACUCCCAUGCCAUACCACGACGACCAGCCGGGGAGGAGGAGGCCGAAUCCGAGAUGGCUGUGGACAUGGGCGCCGGUGACGACAUCAAAGAAGAAGAAGAAGUCGACCAAGAAGGGCAUCUCCCUUGUCCGCAGGAACGCGUGGUGGAGGAUGAGGCCACGAUAGCGGGCGAGGAGGUGGACGGCUGCGAGAGCAAGGCGCAGCGCCGAGAACGAGAAGCAGGCAAGAGAAGUCAAGUCGAGUUUGAGCGCCUCCGAGCCGAGAUGCGGGCGCUACGCGUGAAGAUGCGCGAGGAGCUGCAUCGCAAGGCGUCCAAGAGGAAGCCGCCACCACCACGGUGA